UUUGAACGUUUUCAAAUAGUUUUCAAAAAAAAUUUAAUUGAUAAAUUUGUAUAUCAAUGAAAAAUUGAAGAAAAAAAUGAAAUUUCAGAGCAAUUCUAACGUUUUCUAUUCAUUUGUGCAAAAACAUAGUUCAUCAAAACAUCGUUACGUUACGAGACUCUCAUACGAUAUGUUCAGAUAGCGUGAUAUUAUUAGCGGUAUUUCGUUAUGAAGUCCAACACGAUAAUGAGAAUAUUAAAUCGAGCACUUGCAUGCGGUAUGCAUUUUUGUUAUAAAGAUAUCAAUAGUUCUUCCGAUUGAAGCCAACGGAAUUAAUUCUUUCAUUAAUAUGAAUUCAGACUUUUUCAUAAUUAUAUCGCGAAUCAGUGGAGUGGCUUUGUGUACGAAUAUUUGUUUGUAUUAAUUCUGUAGGACAUUUUCCAUUCAAUAUCGUUGGAUAAAUACAAUAAUGAGAUUAUCAUCAAAGCAUGGUCAUUAAAAGCAACAAAUGAUUGACAUUCAAUUUUUCAAUAGAUUUCCACGAAAUAGCUGUGAAUAGAAACUACUCCAUUCAAAGUUCCACAAUGCAUUUCCAACUAUCUAUUGCAAUCCUUUGACAAUCCUUUAAGCCGUUGCUUAAAAUAGAAACAAAUCUAUUUAAAUUGGUUAUCAACGGCAUAUCGCCACAUGCGAGAAGAAAAAAUGAACGGCAUGCGUGUGAUGAGCAAUCAAAUAGAAAAAGGAAAUCUCAACAUGUAGACUAAAACUAUAUUGAUAGACGACGACACACAGUUCGUGGAAGUCCCCUCAUUCAAUCCAGUUUGUUGUUCGCAUGCACACAAAGACAAUCAUGAGCGAUGGUGUGAGAGAAACCGAUUCGCACGCAUCGUAUGCCAUUGUUGUUGUUCAAUAGAUUAUGUUCCACAGUUGGUUUGCAGUGGUUGCGAACAUUUUUCAUUAUCUAUGUGGGUUCAAUAUCAAUUUAUAAAUGCAUUGGAGUACGGUGUUUGGUCUCAGUAUGCUGCCAAGUUGCGUAAUGUUCGCAUAUGUUUGUGGUGUCGCUCCUUGAAUAUUCCUUCAGCACGAAGGUACGUGUUGUGUUAGAAACUAUCUUCACAAGUGUGUCGCCGUUCAUUGAAAAGUUUUAUUAAUUAAUUAAGCGCCAAUUCACUGAGUGAGAAUGGAUGUGAUAAAGAGUUUUGUGGCAAUGUUUUUGUCACAAGGUGAAUGUAGUCGAAAGUUUCUCACAUUCGUCGUUUAUAUGGCAACAUUGCUCGACAACAUCCUACUAACUGUCAUCGUGCCAAUCUUACCGGAUUACCUGUCGCAAAUCGAUCGCGAAUCGUUCAACAGUCUUCAGGAGAGUUUAAAAUACAAAAAUUUAUACUUACAUUAUGUGUCGACGAUGUUUGGCAAAAAUGCCCCGGUAGAAAAUGUUACAAUGCCAGAGAAUUUUCAGUUUGACGUCGUUCGAGAUAAACUUUGGAACGACAAUAACUUAAAUAAAGAAAACGGUGCAGUGGGAAUUCUGCUGGCGACUAAAGCCUUGAUUCAAUUGGUUUCAACUCCAAUCGUCAAAUCGAUGAGCAACUCCUUUGGAUAUCGCAUUCCAACCGUGAUUGGAACAUUCAUUUUAUUUUUAGCCUCGUUGACAUUUGCCAUGGGACAAACUUACUUUUUGUUGCUUCUCGCUCGAGCCAUGCAAGGAUUUGCCUCAGCAUGCAUUAGUAUCUGUGGUAUGAGCAUUAUUGCACAGACUUAUCCUGAAGAGAAGAUGCGAUCCCAAAUCAUUGGAAUGAUUUUAGGCAGUAUGGCUUUGGGUGUCCUGUUGGGCUAUCCAUUUGGCGGAAUUUUAUAUGCAUUCAGUGGGAAAUCAGCACCAUUUUUUAUCAUCGCCGCCGCGACUUUUAUUAUUCUAGCUCUUCAACUGGCCUACAUGGAUUUGCACAGUUGCGAAAGUGAAUUGACUACAAAGGAUGGAAACUACAUAUACUUAUUGGCUGAUCCGAUAAUCGCAAAGAUUUUCAUAGCGAUAUUGAUUUCAACAAUAGCAAUGGCUACUCUCGAACCAUGUUUGCCAAUAUGGCUGAUGGCAACGUUAAAACCAGAGAAGUGGCAAAUCGGAACGGUGUUCAUUCCUGAUUCGAUUGGAUAUUUUAUUAGCACGAAUUUCUUGGCAGUGAUCGCACAUCAAGCCGGCGGCAUGCCAACAGCUAUCGUUGCGUUGACCGUUGUUGGUUUCUCCUGUCUAAUGAUUCCACAUGCUAGUUCAAUCGCGUCGCUCGUUCUACCACAUUUUGCUCUUGGGAUGGGAAUAGGAACACUUGAUGUGGCAUUAGUGCCACUCUUAGCAUCGAUUGUUGACACCAAGUACAUGUAUGAUGAUGAAGUAGCAUCGGAGACAAGUUUUGGCUCUUCAUACGGCGGAAUAUAUGCGAUCCAACAAAUCAGCGUGAGUAUGGCGUACUUUUUGGGACCGUUGUUGGGUGGCGAGAUUUCACAGUACAUUGGUUUCUCGUGGUUGAUGUCUGUCAUCGGAUUAGCCAAUAUUUGCUAUGGAAUUUAUCUGAUGCGAACGGUACUGUUCGCAUUUCAGCCCGAGGGCUACAACGAUAGAGAGUCACCAGAAGUGAACAAUAAAUUCUUCCUACGUUUAUGGCCAUCGAGCACAACGCUGUCGAGUAAUUCGAGUUACAAGAGGUUUUAUGACGCCGUGGAUAAGCCUCAGCAACUAGAUUCAAAGUAAACGUAACGCGAAAAAAAACGUCACGAAAGAAAGGGGAAAAACCCGAGUGGGAUGAGCGAGUGUAGCAACGCCAAUAAAAUUCUCAUUUCAUGGUUGAUUAAACAGUAAUUUAUUAUCAGUUUGACUGCACUCACAUUGAAUUCCGCAUGCUCUUCCAGCAGGUUUUUUCCCUUUGUGUGUAUAGUGAGCUCACUGCUUCUACUUGCGAGUGGAGUGAAUUUUUCAUAUUUCCGUUGAAAAGGGUUAUCGAUUCACAUACGUUUCAUUCAUAAUAGUUUCACACUUCAAACGAUGUCUCCUUGAAACCGCGUCCAAUUUUUCAACCACAAAAAUGUACACUUUUUGUCAGCAAAAAUAAGAUUAACUUUGAUAAAUAAUCUGAAGCCAGUGUUUAGACAUUUGCCAUGUUAUUUCGUUACAUUUCCAUUCUAAUUUUAUCUCUUAAUGUAUGUUUGAACCAAUAUUAGAUAAAUAAAGAAAAAAAAAUAAAACAAAUGGAUCAUGAAUAC